ACAUCAAUGUUAUUUCUGCAGCUUGAAAGACAGCGACUUUUGAUAAAACUGGCCUUGUAGCACAUUGUCUAGCUUACAACGAUUUGAAAGAGGCAUUGUUUAUGUUUUUACAACGUAUAUCCCAUGAGUUAUUGAGGCCGGAAGUCCGAAUCUGUGAAUAUCUUGCCAACUUUACCUAACUGAAAAUCGUGCCUGAUACCAUGCACUAAUCCAUAUGGAAACGCUCGCAAACAAAGACGAGCCGAGCAGCACCGCGCCGAGUAGGUGCUUGUGGAAUCGCGGAUAAAGACGUCCAUCCACGCUGCGGAGCGGUGGGAUGCCGUAAAGCGCCGCGCUGCCGUAGAAACAGUAGAAGAAGAAGUGAGCCCGAGGCGCGGUAGCCAUGAAGAUGACAACAGAAAACUGCUCUGGAAACUCUGAAAUGACCAUGGAUGAUGUAAAAAACCUUAUUAAGAAGAAAGAUGAUAUUGAAGAGCAGAUAAAGGCUUAUUACGAAGUGUUAGAAGACCAGGGCGUCGGAGUUGAGGGUCCACUGGUUGACGAAGAGGGUUACCCCCGAGCAGAUGUUAAUUUAUACCAAAUCCGGACGGCAAGGCACGAAAUUUCAUGCCUGCAGAACGAUCACAAGGCCAUUAUGGUAGAAAUAGAAGAAGCUCUGCAUAAGCUGCAUGCUCGAGAGAAAGCCAAGCAGAAACGGGAUCAGGCAGAAGCUCAGGAGGAGGCGAUGGAGCAACAGGUCACUCUCCCUCCUGCCUUUGCCCGGGUGGAUGCUGUGACAGAAGGCUCGCCUGCCUCUGGAGCUGGACUCCGUGUCGGUGAUGAAGUUAUUGAGUUUGGUUCUGUGAACACGGCGAACUUUCAGACCCUCCAGAACAUUGCCUCUGUGGUACAGCACAGUGAAGGGAAACCACUACGUGUCACAGUGAUCCGGGUUGGCCAGAAAGUUCAGAUGAACCUGACUCCAAAGCGAUGGUCAGGCAGAGGUCUGCUGGGAUGCAACAUUGUUCCAGUGCAGCGAUAAUCACCAUCACGCUGUGCAGAAUUCAGAUUUUGGAAUCCCUUCCACCACUAAUGUUCUCCCUGAUGGGUUAAAACUGACUUUGCUCCAAUUCCAUUGAUUCUAAUGAGAAUUGUGAUUUCCUUCACACAAGGACAGUCAUCAGAAUGAGAUGUAUAAAAGUCGGGUGUCAAAGUACUGCUGUUCAACAGGCUGUGCUAAGUUUACUGAUUGAGAGCUAAGUAAAAAUCGCUACCGUAUAGUACACUGAUUAGUUUCUACGGGUUCAAGGAGUGGGCUUUUGGCACAUAGUUUGUCCUGUUUUGAGUGUGGUUGCGCUUACCAAAUGUUAUUGCAAUCGGCCUGUUUGAUUAAUAUCUAUCCUGUGUGAAUGAAAGCAUUUUGGUUCAAAUUGAUGAGGCAAAUUAAAGAAAGUCUUGCCAAAAUCUAUAGUUGUUGGCAUGUUUCACUACUAUCAUCAGUUGAUAAUGGUUUGUUUUCAGAUAUUAGGAAAUAGAUGACCCACCGAACAUCAUGCAAGAACUAAUCGGGGGAUCUUUGUGAGAUGAAAAAUUAUUAGUCUACAAUGUUUUUUCUAUGUAUAUAAUUAAAGAUGUUGUUCAAUUUGGCAA